AUGGCGUCGACGGGAAGGGUAGAUCUGGACGGAAGGGAAAUCAAGGGCAUGACGAUAUGCAUGAUAGGGGCUGGGGGUUUCAUUGGGUCGCACCUGUGCGAGAAGCUGAUGUCCGAGACGCCGCAUAAGGUGUUGGCGGUGGACGUGUACAAUGACAAGAUCAAGCAGCUUCUUGAGCCACAAGGUGGAGCCUCUCUUCCCUGGUUCGAUCGGAUUCAGUUCCACCGCCUGAACAUCAAGAACGAUUCUCGCCUCGAAGGUCUCAUUAAGAUGGCAGAUCUGACCAUAAAUCUGGCGGCAAUAUGUACACCGGCCGAUUACAAUACACGCCCUCUUGAUACUAUCUACAGCAAUUUCAUUGAUGCACUCCCAGUGGUGAAGUACUGUUCGGAGAAUGGCAAGCGUCUCAUUCACUUCUCCACCUGUGAAGUCUAUGGGAAAACGAUUGGGAGCUUUCUUCCAAAAGAUAGUCCACUGCGUCAGGAUCCGGCUUACUAUGUUCUCAAAGAAGACGAAUCCCCUUGCAUUUUUGGCUCAAUUGAGAAGCAGAGGUGGUCAUAUGCAUGUGCUAAGCAAUUGAUUGAGAGGCUGAUAUAUGCUGAAGGUGCUGAGAAUGGUCUUGAAUUUACUAUUGUGAGGCCUUUUAACUGGAUUGGUCCCAGGAUGGAUUUCAUACCCGGGAUUGAUGGUCCCAGCGAGGGUGUUCCAAGAGUUCUGGCAUGCUUUAGUAAUAAUCUCCUAAGGCAUGAGCCACUCAAGCUUGUGGAUGGUGGCCAAUCACAGAGAACUUUCAUUUAUAUCAAGGAUGCUAUUGAAGCUGUUCUGUUGAUGAUUGAAAACCCAGCUAGGGCAAAUGGCCAGAUAUUCAAUGUGGGAAACCCAAAUAAUGAAGUCACAGUGAGGCAGCUUGCUGAAAUGAUGACCCAGGUGUAUUCAAAAGUAAGUGGAGAGCCUUCUCUGGAAGUUCCUACAGUUGAUGUAAGCUCCAAAGAAUUUUACGGAGAAGGGUACGAUGACAGCGACAAGAGAAUACCAGACAUGACAAUAAUCAAUCGACAACUUGGUUGGAACCCAAAGACAUCGCUUUGGGACUUGCUUGAAUCCACCCUUACCUAUCAACACAGGACGUACGCCGAAGCUGUCAGGCAAGCUAUCUCAAAACCAGUUGCAAGUUGAGGAAAAGAGGUCCUCUCUUUGGUAUGCUGUUGCUUGGCAUGGAAGGUGUUACUAUUCUUUUCAAGGAGGUCUUAAAUGUAUCUCUCUACAUAUGGUUUAUUCUUACACAUUGAAAAUUUUGUCUGUAAUUUCUAUCCGGAUACGAUACUAGAUGAUUCUGUUAGGGAAAGUUCAUAUGUUGCUGUAAUGCGUAAACAGGAGUUUUUGUUACCAUAUUGUGGGCAUUAUUAUACGUGGAAAGCUGUUCUGUUGAGUGUUUUUGUUGUAGUUCAUCUUCGUUCCCUUUGUGCUCCUUUAAGGGAGCAGCGGGGGUUGUAUUAUUUUGCUGGACAUGUUCAG